AUGGCACAAUCAGGUUGGGUUAAGAUCAACACCUUCUUUAAUAAGACAUGUAAAAUACAAAUAGACAGGUUGUUAUCUAUCUUUUUAGGAAUUAUCAGAGUGUCCUUUGGAAAUGAGCAGCUCAGCUCAGAUUCCCUCCCUGGUCAGUACCGUUCUGGAUCCACACAGACCACUCAGCCACACAUUGACCACCACAUUCUUUCUCCCACUGGUGCAGGACACUGGGAGAACACUGUUGUGGCCAUGCUGCCUCUAAGUGUGUCUGUUCAGCUUUUUUUUGCAGCACUAAUGACAAGGUUUGGAUCUUUAAGCGCUCUCAUUGACCUGGAGCCGGUUCGGCCCGAGUCGGCGCUGCUCAAGCCAAAAGUCAUGAUUGCAAUUCUGGCUCGCAAUUCUGAACACAGUCUUCCCUUCUACCUGGGCUGCAUCGAACGCUUGGACUAUCCAAAGGACCGAAUUGCUGUCUGGGUUGCUGCAGAUCACAGCAGUGAUAACACCACAGCCAUGCUGCAGGAGUGGCUGUCGGGAGUGGAGGGGCUGUACCACUCUGUACGGUUCAGGACUACAGAGGACGAGAGGAGCUCCUAUGAGGACGAGCAGGGUCCCAAACACUGGCCAGAAUCCAGAUUUAUUCAUGUGAUGAAGAUGAGACAGGCGGCUCUGCGAUCAGCCCGGGCUCAGUGGGCUGACUACAUCCUUUUUGCAGAUAGUGAUAACCUGCUCACUAACCCAGCAGUGCUGAUGCAGCUGAUGGGUGAGAAUCGCACACUGGUGGCCCCCAUGCUGCAGUCUAGAACACUUUACUCCAACUUCUGGUGCGGCAUGACCACACAGGGAUAUUAUAAAAGGACGGAAGAGUACAUUCCCAUUCGGAACCGUAAGCGCAUCGGGUGCCACGCUGUCCCAAUGAUUCACUCCACCAUGCUGCUGGAUCUGCGGCGAAGUGCCAGCAAAGCCCUGACCUUCUACCCUCCGCAUCACAACUACCCCUUGGUCCUGGACGACAUCAUGGUCUUCUCCUUCUCGGCACGACAGGCAGGAGUGCAGAUGUUUGUGAGUAACAGAGAGGACUACGGCUUCCUGCCCGUUCCACUGAGAGCUCAGCAGACUCUGAAGGAGGAGGCAGAGAGCUUUGCCCACUCGCUCACAGAGGCAAUGGUUGAGUUUCCCAUGCAGCCCUCACGCUAUCUGACCCUCCGCCCAAAAAGAAAAGACAGAAUGACCUUUGAUGAGGUCUAUUUAAUUAACCUGAGGCGGCGUGAGGACCGCAGACAGCGCAUGCUGAGCACAUUGGAGGUGCUGGGCAUUGAGGUCACCCUGACGGAUGCAGUGGAUGGCAAGGCUCUGAACUCCUCUCAGCUCCAGACUUUAGGCAUUGAGAUGCUGCCUGGCUAUAAAGACCCCUACUCAGACCGGGUGCUGACCAGAGGAGAGAUCGGCUGCUUCCUCAGCCAUUUCAACAUCUGGAAAGAGGUUGUCAGAAAGCAGCAAAAGCAGGUGCUGGUGCUCGAGGAUGAUGUCCGGUUCGAAUUGAACUUCAAAACCCGCCUGAACACCAUCAUGGAGGAUGCUAAGCAUGCACACCUCAGCUGGGACUUAAUAUAUGUGGGCCGUAAGCGACUGCAGGUGAAGAGUCCUGAGCGUUGGGUGAAGGGAGUAAAGAACCUGAUUCACCCUGAUUACUCUUACUGGACUCUGGGUUAUGCUCUGUCCCUGGAGGGAGCGAAGAAGCUGCUGGAUGCUCAGCCUCUGAGUAAAAUGCUGCCGGUGGAUGAAUUCCUGCCCGCCAUGUUUAACAAGCACCCUAAGGAAGAGUACAUGGUUCACUUUGAGCAGAGGAACCUGCUAGCGUACUCAGUGGAGCCUCUCCUCCUGUACCCGACUCACUACACAGGAGAACCAGGCUACUUCAGCGACACAGAGACCUCCACGAUCUGGGAUGAUGAAAGUAAAGCCACUGACUGGGACCGCGAUCUCGCUCACAAAAAGCGUAACCGUGGCGACGCAGGUCCUACAUCCACUUUGAACAGAGGACAUGCAGAUGAACUCUAAGCGGGACAAUUACACCACUGCAUACACUGAUGGCCUAAUUUAUUGCUGGUGGUGGCUCUUGGGCUUUCUUUUAAAUUGUUAUGAUUGUCAAAAUUCUGUUUAAUACUCAUGUGGAUGGAUAUUUUCUUUGAAUACAUCACACUGGAAUACUAUAAAUCAAGAAAUGUAAUUUAAACAAAGCUAAUGGCCUCCUUCUGUCUCUUACUAUCAACUCAACCAUAUUAAUGAACUGAACUGAAUUGAACUGAACAUUUCAACAAUUAAACAACUGUAGUAAA